AUGCUGACAGGCCAUGCCAUCCUGGCAGACUGUAGAGCAGCAGGCGCUACAGCCCCAGGAGAUAUCAUCAUUGGGGGACUCUUUCCGAUCCACGGCGAAGUAGAGGUACCGGCAGACCUCUCAGUGCCCAGACCAACACAGUGUGUCAAUUUCAACAAAGACGGGUUCAUCAAGGCCUUGACUAUGAUCCAUGCUGUAGAGUCGGUCAACAAAUCCCCUGUCCUUACUGAACUGGGAAUCUCUCUGGGGUAUCAAAUCUAUGACUCCUGCUCUGAUGUCACCACUGCUCUGAGGGCUACGGCUGAAUUCACAGGGGUAACAACGGUAAGUGAGGGAGGGGCCAACGCCUCAAACUGUCCACUGCCCAUCAAGGCAGUAAUAGGAGCCUCAUACUCUGAGGUAACCAUUGCCGUUGCACGGCAUCUUAACCUGCAGCUCAUUCCUCAGAUCAGUUACGCAUCCACUGCCAUCAUUCUAAGCGACAAGUUCCGUUUCCCUGCGUUCUUAAGGACAGUGCCAAGUGACCUAUACCAGACACAGGCCAUGGUACAACUGCUUAGCAACAAUGACUGGACUUGGGUGGGCGUGGUCACCACUGACGGAGACUACGGUCGCUCUGCCCUGGACAGCUUCAUCUCCCACGCCACCGCCUCAGAGAUAUGUGUGGCUUUCAAGGAGAUCCUCCCUGAUUCGCUGACCAGCCCUAACAUGAUAUCAGCAAUUCGUCAAGCAGCUGCCACAAUCCGCAACCAAACCAAGGUCAAGGUGGUGGUGUCAUUCGCCAAACCUACUCACAUGAUGUACCUGUACCAUGAACUGAAAGGUUGGGGUCCAGGAUCAGAGCUGAGUGAGAGGGUAUGGGUCGCAAGUGACAAUUGGUCUUCAUCCAAGGAUGUUUUGGGGAAUAUUGACCAACUAGAUAUCAGCCACGUGGUGGGCUUCACCUUCAGAAGAGGGGAUCUGGCUUCUUUCUAUAGCUAUCUGAUGAGUCUGAGUGACAGACCUGAUAUUGAACAGAACAACUCCUUCCUGAAGGAGUUUUACAGUUUGCAAAAUGGGUCCACAGGCACAGCCGCAGAGAACCUGAAAAACAGCACUAAUGCAGACCAAGUCCUCAGUGUGGGGAUGGCCGUCAGUGCCGUUGCCCACGCAGUGGCUGAUAUCUGCAGCAAUAGGUCCUGCAAGACACCAGGCACCCUCCAACCCUGGAAGGUGCUUAAAGCCCUUAAAGGCAGUGCCUUUGAGCACAAUGGGAAAAGCUACAUGUUUGACAUGAAAGGAGACAUCAACCUGGGAUAUGACGUCACCCUGUGGAGUGCUGUUAGAGGGGUUUUCCAUGACCAUGGUGUUGUGGCGGAGUACCAUACUAUCAAUGACAGCUUUAGCUACAGCAGCGAAGAAACCAAGAAACUACUCAGUGACCUGAUGAAGUUGGAGUCGAAGUGCUCACCUGCCUGUGAACCUGGAAAAUUCAAAAAGACUGCUGAGGGUCAGCAUACCUGCUGCUAUGAAUGCACCAACUGCACUGAGAACCACUACUCCAAUAACACAGACAUGGACUCGUGUCUAUCCUGUGACACAGAGAUAGAGUGGUCCUUAGCAGGGAGCAAAAUGUGUACCCCUAAGACCCUGGAGUUCUUCUCCUGGCAAGAUGGCUUUGCGGUGGUGCUGCUAACCUUGGCGGCCGUGGGAAUCAUCCUGGUUCUCCUGGUGGGGGCGCUUUUCCAACGCCAUCACCAGACCCCCGUGGUGAAGGCUGCGGGGGGGCCUCUUUCCCAGCUAAUCCUGCUGUCUCUCGUGGGAAGCUUUGUUAGCGCUGUGUUCUUUGUGGGCCAUGCCAGCAGCCUCCAGUGUAAGGUGCGUCAGGUGCUGUUUGGCCUCAGCUUCACCCUGUGUGUUUCCUGCAUUCUUGUCAAGUCACUGACAAUCCUGAUGGCUUUCCAGCUCAAUCCUGACCUGAAGAAUGUUUUUCACCGCUUCUAUCAGCCCUACGUCUUCAUCUGCUUUUGCCUUGCCAUCCAGGUAUUAAUCUGCACACUUUGGCUGGUCUUGGCUAGCCCACGGGAAAGGACCACAGUCCUCCUCACCACUUUAUUGGCAGAGUGUGACGAGGGAUCCUAUGUGGCAUUCGGCAUGAUGCUAGGUUACAUUGCUAUCCUGGCAAUUGUCUGUUUCGUCUGUGCGUUUAAAGGCCGCAAGCUGCCUCAGAAGUAUAAUGAGGCCAUGUUCAUCACCUUCGGCAUGCUCCUCUACUUCAUCUCCUGGGUGAUCUUCGUGCCCAUCUAUGUGACCACCUCAGGGAAGUACCUUCCAGCAGUGGAAAUGGUAAUAAUCCUCAUGUCAAACUAUGGCAUCCUCAGCUGUCACUUCUUUCCAAAGUGCUACAUCAUCCUCCUCAAGAAGGAACAUAACACAGAGAGUGCAUUCAUGAAAAAUGUGUAUGAGUACUCCAGUAAGGGCAUUAUUGACUCUAGCCAUGUCUGUGGGUCUUCAGUCUCUCAGACUGUAGAGAAGUGCACCAGUUAUCCCUACUCCAUCAGUUCACCUUCAUGCUUUAUGUCUUUGCCACCGAUAGAACCCGCAGCACCUCAAAAUGGCUGGACCCUUGGUCAGGACAUUCAGUGCAUUAAUAAAUCCACCCAGCCCAGGGUGUUUUUCACAGGGCAGCUGAACCAAACCUACCAUGUGAAGAGAAGCAUGAGCCUAUGAGUAGAGCGUACCAGGGUCUGGGAUUUUUGUCAUUACAGUGGGCCACGAAGCAUCACACUAUGUUUUUUUUCUUAAUUGGUUUGACUGUUUGAUUAGUGUACUGCUAUGUAUUUCCCACCUAUGUGGGUUGUUUAUUUUUACUGAUGGGUUUGGGAGAGGUUUAAGGUCACCUUAUAAUUUUAUACUUUCACCAUAUGCAAAGAUAUUCCCUUCCGCCCAACAAUUGCUCGCACAUAUACAAUGUACAAUCUAGCUUCUAUCAAUGUAUUCUAUGCUCACCUAGCCUGAUUUGUCUCCUCAUAAAUAAUGCAAGUUAUAAUGAAAUUGAUUUUAUGAUGCUAAUAAUGUAAAGACCAAUCAGCAGAAGUCUGAUUCCAAUUUAAAUUGUGGGAAUAAAUGUCUAUGUACAAACUGUAUUUUAUUUGGAGAAUACUAUUGAUAACUGUAAUCUUUCCUCGGCUACCCAAUUUCCCAGGCACCUUGGCAAUUUGGCUAACGCUUUGACAAUUAUUUCAAGAUGUCCAUGUAAUAAACCAGCACAAAGUUUGUCAAAAGGUAUACGUAUGAAUGUA